UGACUUGAUGAGAGCUGAGAUCUUUGUUUGAUUUGCUGUAACAUGUAAAAGAGAAACUGGGACAUUUUAUUUUACAGUUCUAAUAAAGCUUGUAUAAAACUUAAACGAAGCAGCAUUCUAAUCACUACAUAUUGGAGUUGGUCCUCCUUUGACCUCGGAAACUGAAAAUGAGGUUGCUAUGGGAACUGCUCAUACUGCAAUCAUUCAUGUUGUGCCUUGCAGAUGAUAACACGCUGCAUGGACCAGUAUUCAUCCAGGAACCAAGCAGUGUCAUUUUUGCCCUGGAUUCUGAGGAAAAGAAAGUCAAACUCAGCUGUGAAGUUAAGGGAAAUCCUAAACCAACUAUGAGGUGGAAGUUAAAUGGAACCAUUGUUGACAUUGAUAUGGAUUACCACUACAGUGUGGUUGAAGGCAGCUUGUUGAUCAAUAAUCCCAAUAAAACUCAAGAUGCUGGAACAUACCAGUGCCUAGCAACAAACUCAUUUGGAACAAUUGUUAGCCGAGAAGCUAAACUACAAUUUGCAUAUCUUGAAAGUUUCAAAACUAGGACAAGAAGUACAGUGUCAGUACGACAAGGACAGGGAAUGGUGCUGCUGUGUGGACCACCACCACAUUCUGGCGAACUGAUUUAUGCCUGGAUCUUCAAUGAAUAUCCAUCUUUUGUGCAUCAGGAGGAUCGCCGUUUUGUUUCUCAAGAGACUGGAAAUUUGUACAUAGCAAAAGUGGAGAAAUCUGAUGUGGGGAAUUACACAUGUGUUGUGACAAACACUGUAACCAACAACAGAGUCCUGGGACCCCCUACACCUUUAAUCCUGAGAAAUGAUGGAGUGAUGGGUGAAUACGAGCCAAAAAUAGAAGUGCAAUUCCCAGAAAUGGUUCCAUCUGCAAAAGGAACAACUGUGAGACUGGAAUGUUUUGCAUUGGGAAACCCAGUUCCUACAAUCAGCUGGAGAAGAGCAGAUGGAAAACAAAUCCCCAGAAAAACUCGGAGGCACAAAUCAAGCAGCAUUCUUGAAAUCCCAAACUUUCAACAGGAAGAUGCUGGCCUAUAUGAGUGUGUGGCUGAAAAUGUGAGAGGGAAGAACGUGGCCAGAGGCCAGCUGACGUUUUAUGCUCCUCCAAACUGGAUUCAGAAAAUAAGUGAUGCUCAUGUGGCUAUAGAGGAAAGCAUCCACUGGGAGUGUAAGGCAAAUGGGAGACCAAAGCCUUCUUACAGCUGGCUGAAGGAUGGUGAACUGCUUCUCCCUCAGGAAAGAAUUCUGAUAGAACAUGGAACACUCACCAUAACCAGCGUGAACCUGUCAGACACCGGCAUGUAUCAGUGCGUGGCAGAAAAUAGGCAUGGGACCAUUUAUGUCAGCGCAGAACUGAGCGUAAUUGCUGUGGGUCCAGAUUUUUCAAAAAACUUCUUGAAAAGAUUGACUUUUGUUAAAGUUGGUGGUGAUGCAACUAUCGAGUGUAAGCCUAAAGCUUCCCCGAGGCCUACCUUUACUUGGAAGAAAGCAAAAGAGAUCCUAAAAGAAAAUGAGAGAUACACUAUUUUGGAAGAUGGAACUCUGAAGAUUACCAAUGUUACUAAAGCUGAUGCUGGAAGUUACACGUGCAUAGCAACAAAUCUUUUCGGGGCAGCCAGCAGCACUGGAAACCUGGUGGUGAAAGAUCCAACACGGUUUAUGGUGGCGCCUAACAGCAUGGAUGUUACUGCUGGCGAAAGUAUUCUUCUGCCUUGCCAGGUAUCUCAUGAUCACCCGCUAGAUAUUAUGUUUACUUGGUCAUUUAAUGGACACCAGAUAGACUUUGAAAAAGAUGGGGAUCACUUUGAAAGAGUUGGCGGGCAGGAUUCAGCUGGUGAUUUGAUGAUCAGAAGUAUCCAGCUGAAUCAUGCUGGAAAAUAUGUCUGCAUGGUGCAAACAAGUGUGGACAAGCUAUCAGCUGCUGCAGACCUGAUUGUAAGAGGUCCACCAGGUCCACCUGAAGCUGUGACAAUUGAUGAAAUCACAGACACUACUGCUCAGGUGUCUUGGAGGCCAGGAGCAGAUAAUCGCAGUCCCAUUACAAUGUAUGUUGUUCAAGCAAGGACACCAUUUUCUGUAGGAUGGCAAGCAGUUAACACAGUACCUGAUGUCAUAGAUGGAAAUACAUUUACAGCAACAGUGGUGGGUUUAAACCCAUGGGUUGAGUAUGAAUUCCGGGUAGUUGCUGCCAGCCUUAUUGGGAUUGGAGAGCCAAGCAAACCAUCAGACAAACGGAGAACUGAAGAGGCUCUUCCUGAAGUCACCCCAGCUAAUGUCAGUGGAGGUGGUGGUACUAAGAGUGAGUUGGUCAUAACCUGGGAGACAGUGCCUGAAGAAUUACAAAAUGGAGGUGGGUUUGGUUAUGUGGUUGCCUUCCGUCCAGUUGGUACAAUAAGUUGGAUGCAGACUGUAGUGGUUUCUCCUGACGCCUCCAAAUAUGUGUUCCGGAAUGAGAGUUUACCACCAUUUUCACCUUAUGAAGUCAGAGUGGGGGUGUACAACAACAAAGGAGAAGGUUCUUUCAGCCCCGUUACAAUUGUUUAUUCGGCUGAUGAAGAACCCACCAGAGCUCCAACCAAUGUCUCCGCCAAAAGCCUUUCUGCGUCAGAAGUACAAGUAUUUUGGUCUUUGCCAGAGACCCAGAGCAAAGGAAGGAUACAGGGCUAUGAGGUUAGAUACUGGAAACAUGGGGAUAAGGAAGAACAGGCUGGAAGAAUGAAAACUAUUACCAAUCAGACCUCUGCAGAACUCACCAGCUUGAAAGGCAAUGCUUUGUACCACUUGGCUGUCAAAGCUUACAACACAGCAGGGAUGGGACCUUCUAGUUCAGUAGUCAAUGUGACAACCAAAAAGCCACCACCAAGUCAACCGCCUGGAAACAUCAUAUGGAAUUCAUCGGACUCUAAGAUUAUAUUGAACUGGGAUCAAGUAAAAGCACAGAACAAUGAAUCAGAGGUGAAAGGAUACAAAGUUUUAUACAGAUGGAAUAGACAAAGCAGCAUGUCAGUUAUAGAAACUAAUAAAACAUCUGUGGAGCUUUCACUGCCUUUUGAUGAAGAUUAUCUCAUAGAAAUAAAGCCAUUUAGUGACGGAGGAGAUGGCAGUAGCAGCGAGCAGAUCCGAAUUCCAAAGAUAUCAAAUGCCUAUGCGAGAGGGUCAGGCGCUUCUACUUCAAAUGCUUGUACGUUGUCAGCUAUCAGCACAAUAAUGAUUUCCCUCACAGCUAGAUCAAGUUUAUGACAAAAAAUAUCUAAAGGACUUCCUGUUUAUAAUAUAACUAAGCAACAUUUAGCUAGUUGUUUGAAGACACCCAGUACUAAGUAAUAUUGUUGUUCAAGUACAUCUUACUACUGGAAAAAAAUGUUUUAUGCUUCUCUAGGAAUGGCAUUAUACAGUACUUCCUCAAAGCAAAUAUAGCUUUGUCUGAAGUUUCUUUGGAAACUCUGCAAUGCACUGAAAACAUCUGUAAUAUGAUGUUACCAAAGCAGUUUACAUAUGUCCUUAUAUGCAUAUUUUUAUUAUAUAUUUAGUGUUUUAUAGACUUUUUUAAAGUUA